AUGGGCUUCCUGCCAGCCCAGCGGCCUUUGAACGUGGUUGUUGUUGGUUCCGGAUCGGUAGCAAAGGAGGCUCAGAAAAAUAUUGAAAACCACAUUAACUUGCGCUCGACCCCUUUUGAAGGGAUCGGAGGUCUUGCGACUGCAAUUUCUUUGGCGACUCGGGGGCACAGGAUUCUCAUCCUCGAGUCCGCGUCUCAGAUUCGGGAUCUAGGUGCAGGAAUCCAAAUUGCCCCGAACAUGCGCUGUAUUCUGAGACGUUUGGGAAUCGAGCCAGCGAUUGAAAAGAGUAGUAUUGUCCUUGAGCGCAUCCAGGUCGUCCGAUGGCAGGACGGACGAGUCCUAAGUGAAGGCCCGGUUGAUCACCAAUAUGGCGAAGCUGCAGUCAUUCACCGCGGGGAUCUUCAAAAAGCGCUCAUCGACAGAGUUCUCGAGCUAGACAAUGUUAAAAUACGUUUGGGUGCAACGGUCGUUGAUAUCGAAUUUGAUCGUCCAGCUGUGUUCCUAAAAGGCGGGGGAAUGAUAUACGGUGACGUAGUGAUUGCAGCCGACGGCAUCAAAUCCGCAGUCAGAAACAAGAUGUUUUCAGAUAAAAGUAACAGGGCACAGCCUAGUGGAGACGCCGCAUUCCGGAUUCUCAUACCACGUGCAAAAAUGCUGCAGGACAGAGAGACUGCGAAGUUAAUUAACGAGCCACAGGCAGUGAGAUGGAUUGGCCCGCAUCGACAUGUCGUCGGCUAUCCUAUACGGAAUCAUCAGCUGUACAAUGCUGUUUUUGUCCAUCCUGACAAGGAUUCCAUCGGCGACUCUUGGACUAUUCCCGGCACACGCGAGGAGAUAAUGGAGACGUUUGGCGGUUGGGAUCCUCGACUCCUGAAACUAAUUUCAUGGUCCACAAGUGUGCUGAAAUCUAGACUUUGUUUGUAUCCGCGAUUGCAAACUUGGGUUAAAGGGUCAUGUGCUUUGGUUGGGGAUGCAUGCCAUCCUAUGCUACCUUACGUCGCACAAGGCGCUGCCCAGGCUCUUGAGGAUGCUGCCGCUCUUGGGGUGAUACUAUCCCAAGCAGAGACGGUGGCAGACAUCCCAUUCGCUCUGCAGAUCUAUGAGAAGUGCCGAAAGGAGCGUGCGGAAGGGAUUCAGCAAUCGGGUACCGAAAACCGAAUCACACUGCACCUUCCUGACGGGCCAGAGCAGGUUAAGAGGGACGAGGAAUUUGCAGCUUCAAUGCAGGGAGCCAAGAGCCCCGAUAAAUGGAAUGAUAGGGAAACGCAGAGGCUACUCUGGAGCUAUGAUGCGGAAGACGCGGCGAAGAAAUGUUGGUUGGGUACGUAUCCGUCACACGCGGUAUAUUAG